AUGAACGAGGACUCUUUUCCCCGGGCUGAUAUGACGGAGCUGUCUCUCUCUCUCUUUUCCCCCUCUCUCACCCUUUCUUUCUCCCUCUUUGUUUGUUUGUUUCUUUCUUUCUUAUCUAUUUUAAUAGCUUUCUUUUUCUUUCUUGAUUCGACCAAGUCGUUAUCUAUUGUUCUACAUAUCUAUCUCAAUCUCGCGUUGUUCAUCUAUCUAUCUAUCUAUCUAUCUAUCUAUCUAUCUAUCUAUCUAUCUAUCUAUCUAUCUCUCUCUCUCUCUCUCUCUAUAUAUAUAUAUAUAUAUAUAUAUAUAUAUAUAUAUAUAUAUAUAUAUAGUGUUUUUGAAUAUAUAUUUCAUUUGUCUAUCUAUCUAUGCCAUUCUGUUCAUACCUAUGUGCUUAUCUCUUUUCAUCAUAUUCAUGCCGGUCUCCAGCUGUUCGUAUUUAUUUUCCGUUUCGUUAUCCAUUUAUCUAUUAUUAGUCUGAUGUAUCUAUCUAUCUAUCUAUCUAUCUAUCUAUCUAUCUAUCUAUCUAUCUAUCUCUUUUGUUUUUAUUUUAUUUUCAGCGUCUUCUUUUUUCAUUUUUCUCUUCAUUGCUUCUAUUUUUAUUCACUUUUCCUCAUUACAUUCCAAACUCUCUCUCUCUUUCAUUUAUUAAUCCUCUCCUUUCUGUCCAUUCCUGUCUGCGCCACGCCAGUAAAGUGUGAAGAUAAAAACACACACACAUAUCUAUCUAUCUAUCUAUCUAUCUAUCUAUCUAUCUAUCUAUCUAUCUAUCUAAAUACGUCAGUAUUCUAA